CGGGUUGAAGAGCGGGUUACACAAAACUGUCUGCUUUACAAGCUUCAAUCCCAAAUGACACCCUAUUUCCCUGUGUAGUGCCUUGUAUAGAGAAUAGAGUGCCAUUUGUGAUACAUCUCAAUUGUCUCCUUCUUAUUGGUGGUUUGAGCCUUGAAACAUCCUGCCACCUGCUGUGGGCCACAAACAGAGAACAGAGAAGGACCAGGCUUAGACACAUCAGACCAACUAUUCAACUACUACUCAGUCAGAAAGGUGAUCAUAAGUAAGUUAAUACUGUCAGCAAAAGUAAAUUAGAAUCAUAGAUAUUACAAUAAGAGGUCAGACAGACAGACUGCAGUUAGUUAAGAUGGUCGACUAUGUCAAUAAACAGGCUAUUGAAUUAAACAAGGUUAUUGAAGGAAACGAGAACAGAGCAACGAGGAGAGUAAAGACUGAGACCCAUCUCUCAGAUGGAAGAACAAGACUCUACAGGCUGGCUGCUGUGUGUUUUGGGAUGAUGUGUAUUCUACAAGUCAUUCUCAACAUCUCCCUAAAGCUAGCUUUCUGUACCGGAAGAGUGGUGGAAGAUAGGGACAUGGGGGUCCCAACAAGGACUCUGUUAGGGUGUAUUGAAGGAUGGAGGCUGUCGGGAUCCAGCUGUUACUUCCUGUCUACUGAGAAGAAAACCUGGGAGGAGAGCAGACAAGACUGUCUGGAGAGAGGAGCAGACCUGGUGGUUGUAAACAGCAGAAAUGAACAGAAAUUCCUCACUGGAUUAAGCAGGAAUAUUGAUAGUGUUUGGAUCGGUCUGACUGAUAGAGAGACAGAGGGGACCUGGAAAUGGGUGGAUGGUACACCACUGGCCACAAGGUACUGGGGGCGUAACCAGCCUGAUAAUGGUGCUGUUUUUGUAGUACACAUAGGAGAGGAGGACUGUGUUGAGAUUAAUUAUGGGUAUUCUGACCCUGUAAAUAAAUGGAAUGACAUAGCAUGUAACUCUCAAUUUAACUGGAUUUGUGAAAGGGUGAUAUAACAAACAAUAGCUUAUUAUGUACAGUAGCAUUGCAUGUAGGUCUCUCUCUCUUUCGCUCACUCUCUAUAUGGUUAGGGUUAGGCAUAAGAUUAGCAGUGUGGUUAGGGUUAGGUUUACAAUCAGAUUUGAAGAAGAUACAUUUUAGAAAUAGGCAGGGUUUCUGACUUUGCAAUUAGGCCAGAGAGUGACAAACGAGAAAUAGUGGUAUUACAGACUUGCCUAUGGGCUCUUUCUCAACUCACCUUUCCUCGAUUCCUCCUCACAUCCUCUCUCCUCCUCAAAACACAUUGGAGAAUACAAUCCAAGGGGAGGGACCUUGGGCCUUCUCUUAUAGAGUUGAGGGUGAGGAGAAAAGGAGAGGAGAUUAAAUGAAAUUUAAAAAACGUGGAGUAGACGUUGAAUUUAUGUCUGUGCCCAGUGGGACUGUACUCUGUAAAAUAAUUGUAUUAAUUGAUUUUAUUAGGAACGUGUCAUGCCAUAGGCUUAGGCACAGAAAGUAAAGUAAUAAAGGAGCAAUAUACUA